AUGCUCCUCCUACCCCGAGUCCGGCCGCUUCUAGGCUGCAGCCAUGCUCGGCCUAAGGUGGGCACCGGCAACUCAGCGGUCCGCCUGAUCAGCACCGAAGCGUCUAUCACAAGGCGAACUCGUUCUCCCGAAGACUCGUUCCGCGUCGCUGUUGUAGGAUCCGGCCCCGCUGGUUUUUAUGCGUCUUACCGCGUCAUGUCUCGGCUCCCAAACGCGAAGAUUGACAUGUUUGAGUCAUUGCCAGUUCCCUUCGGUCUUGUCCGCUUCGGCGUCGCCCCAGAUCACCCUGAAGUCAAGAAAUGCCAAGAUAAGUUUGAGGAGGUCGCUGGCUCUCCCAAUUUCACAUUUGUUGGCAAUGUUUCCGUUGGCGAAGCAGGUUUUCAUCCGCAUAGCUGCACUAUUCCGUUUUCGAGUCUACUACGCCAUUACGAUGCUGUCUUGUUGUCAUACGGGGCAGCAAAAGAUAGGACACUUGGUGUUCCGGGGGAAUCUGAGCUUCGGGGCAUAUAUUCUGCACGUUCAUUCGUUGGCUGGUACAAUGGACUUCCCGAGUAUGCCGGGCUGGCGCCAGAUUUGACCAAAGGCGACGAAGCUGUUAUCGUCGGGCAGGGAAAUGUUGCUUUGGAUGUAGCUCGCAUGCUUCUCGAAGAUGUAGAUGUCUUACGCAAAACAGACAUCACCAAAGAAGCGUUAGCCAACCUGGCCGUUUCCCGCAUCAAGAGGGUUCAUGUCAUUGGAAGGCGUGGGCCUAUGCAGGUGAGCGUAAAACAAAGUCUCCGCCGUACGCUCGUGGUUGAUAACACUCAAUAG